UUUUAGUUUCGUACUUUUUUUUUUUUAUUUUACUUUGUUUGAAAUAUGACAGCUUAGUGUUUAAAGUCUAAAUUCUAAGAUCAAAUGUCCUUUGGUUCAAUUAUUCUUUCUAAAAUACUAUUUUUACUCUCAGAAAUGUAGCAGAAAGGAAUUGAUUUCAUUGCUUUUAAAAUGCAAUCUAUCAUUUUCCGGUAUUUUAAUAGCAUUAAGAAUCCCUAGAAAAAAAAAUUUCUAUGAUGCUGUUUGCAUUAUCUUAACAAAUUAAGAUUUAAAAGAAAUGUAUUUUUUCAUUCAAAAUGUUAUUGUGAAAUUUGAGUCGAUGUUUGAAGUAAGCUAGAGAACCUGUGUAAGUUAACCUUAUAGAUUUGUGUAAAGAACCUGUUAGAGAACCUUCAUCAAAUGUCCUUUCUUUGACACAAAGGCUGCAUGAGCAGUUUUUCUUGACAGCUGGAGCAUUCAGCGGCCAAGAAGUGGUCAGAGCAUUGGCUUUUUUAUGUCUGAAAAUAUAUCUGAAGGAAGAUAUUGUUUCAUUGGGAAAGAUUCACAGCACAAGUGAUAAGAAUUUCAUAAAAUAUGGAAAUAGAGAAGCAUUUAUAUUGGCUUGUAUGGGUUGGGUCUGUAUUUUACUCUCUUUGGACAUUCAUUGGUUCUUGUAAACAACAUUAUAAUGAGUUGGACAGUAAUGAUUUCAAAGAAGACUGGUUUUUUCUUGAGAGUAAAGAUAAUUCUGACAUUGAAUGGAAUAUCUUAACUUCCCUCUUCAAAAAAUAUUGGUUUUUGCUUGUUCUUCAGCUGAUUUGUUCCCAUGUCAUUUCAAAGAAACACAAAGCUAUUCUACCUUUAUUUUAUGCCAUUUAUUCCAUGCUGUGCCUUUUCAUCAUUGUUGGUUUAAGAGGCUCCUUACUAUAUGUGAUACACAUCAUGCUUAUGGUCAUACUUCAUAUGACUGGAAGAAAGCACAUAUGUUACUUGUUCACUGUUACCACUUUGUUGAUUCUACAUAGUACUUUUAUCACAGAUAUAAAAACUCGUUAUUUUCCAACAGAGUCACAUUUAUUCAUUUUUGAAGUUGGAUUUGGUUGGUUGUUAAUUAAGUGUUUGAGCUUUGCCGUAGACAGUAUUGAAUCUGGAUCAAACAAAAACAUCACUAUUCAGGAACUGUCAUCAGUUUUCUCAUACUGCUUUUAUUUGCCGACUGUUUUCACUGGGCCCAUUUUGUGCUACACCUCCUUUAAAGAACAGGUAAUGCAGGUCAAUCAACAGUUCUCAGCAAAACAAUACUUAAGUAAAGUUUUUCAUCUUCUCUACUUUUUUCUGUGGUAUUUAGUGUUUGAGUUGCUUCUUCACUUUGUGUAUUCCUCUGCUGUACAGUAUCAUCCUGAGCUGUGUUCAACCUUCACUAGCUGGGCCUUAUGUGGCCUGGGAUAUGCUUUACCAAUGAUGUUUUACCUCAAAUACUUUAUCAUUUAUGGGAUAACAGCAAGAAUUGCUGAAUUAGAGGAUAUUGAGUGCCCACCUCCACCUCGAUGCAUCACAGCCAUUCAUUCAUCAUCCUUCCUGUAUCGGCACUUUGAUCGUGGAUUAUACUUUUGGAUUUUACGUUACUUGUAUUAUCCUGUUAUUAAAGGAAGUUGGAGCGCUUCCAGAAAAUUAUGUGGUCUCUUCAUAUCGUUUGCAUUUGUUUGUAUGUGGCAUGGAAUGGAGAAACCAGUGUGCAUGUGGACGUUUUUAAAUUUCAUCCUUGUUUCAACAGAAAUGACAAUGAAGCCUUUUCUUUGUGUUGGGGACAAAAACUAUUUUCAAAAGAAGGGGUUUUCUUCACUGGCUCAGAAAAGGCUCUCUGCAUUGUGUGGCACAAUGCAUUUUAUAAUGAUGUGCAUAUCAUGUACCUUUUUUCUUUCUAACUGGGAUAUUGGUAUGUUGCUGCUCAAAAGAGUGAUGUUAACGGGAUGGAUACCUUUCCUACCAAUUGCAUUUAUAAUGUACUGUGGAUGUCAUGUGUCUAUGGAUGUUUUGCAACAUAAAGCGUCCUCAGAAAACCAUCUUGCAUACUCGGAUAAUUCUCAUUUGUGAUAUAUUUUUAUGACUAAUGAUUGUAAAUAAAUAUA